CUGCCCCUGGGUGGUACUGAGUACAAUUUAUUCUUCCGUGUAGGGUCGUGGAUUUAGCUGAAGUCUGAGUUCACCUUUGGCGGUGGGGAGAAACAAUAACCAUGGCCGACGAGGACUAUGAGAUGGAUGGAGGAUAUGAGGAUGAACCAGUUGAGCCUGAGAUUGAGGAAGGAAUUGAGGCAGAGGAGGAUGCCAAUAAUGAAGACCUACCUGAUGCCAUAAUAGGUGAGGGGGAAGACAAACCUGAAGAGGUUGCUGUGGAAAGGCCUAGGAAAACAUCAAAGUACAUGACAAAAUAUGAAAGAGCAAGAAUUUUGGGUACUCGAGCUCUACAGAUCAGCAUGAAUGCUCCUGUGAUGGUUGAUUUGGAGGGUGAAAGUGAUCCCCUUGAGAUUGCUAUGAAAGAGCUACGAGAGAGGAAGAUUCCCUUCACAAUUCGUCGGUAUCUCCCAGAUGGAAGUUAUGAAGAUUGGGGGGUUGAUGAACUCAUCGUUGAAGACUCGUGGAAGAGACAAGUCGGGGGAGACUAAGUAAUAGUUUCUAAAUUGCUGUUGUGCCUUUGAUAGAAUGAUGAGGCAUUAUUGAUGAUGCUGUAGUGUGCUUGCUUGAUUAGCAAAAAAGAACGAUUAGCAGAAAAAUGUGUGCCUUUUGUACUAUACUCUAAUUUCAUAACAUACUGUUACCCAGGAGUGGAGCUGGUCCGGGCCUGGGCCUGGGCCUGGUCGGUCUCAGUUCUAAAUAAUUGAAGCUCGGUAUCGAACCUGUUUGCCCCUGUACCGGUUUUGGUCCGGGUAGUGGGUACCCGACCGGGCCACGGUCCAGUCCCGGGUUGGGUUCGGUAUGGUUUGGGUAUUUUUUAAUAUUUCCUAAUUUAUUAAACAAGUUGUAGACAUUAAAAAUGAUAUGUAUAUUUAUUUGAAAUAUGAAGUACAAUUGAGGAUUGAGAAUAAUUUAAAACAUCAAAUACAUUUG